AUGUAUAAGGAUUCCGAACCCGCCAAACCCAAGGUUCGGUUUUUACUUCCAGGGGAGUCAUCAGGCUCACCAAUCUUAGAACCCAGCUCAGUCUAUAGGGACUCCAGGUAUCUAAGAAAAGCUGGAACUGAAACUUAUGGCGAGAUUUUUCAGAAUAAGCUGGAUUACACAGAGCCAUCAACGGGAAUACCAUUAAUUAGAAGGCGCGCUUUAGAAGCUGAGAAUGCAAAGCAGCCACCAAAGAACAGCCCUCCGCAUUUCUCUCCACCAAAGUCGAUCUUUGUACGCAUUGCGGAGGAUCCACGUGUUUUUCCCGAUGAUUUUAUGGAUAUGCUGGAUGGCACAGAAGUAUCAGUUGCGUCAGAAUCAGUUGUUUUGCAAAAUGCAGAGUCAAGUUUGAUCUAUGAUAAACUUAGAGGUCCAGUAAAUAUUGGAAUUGAUUUUUCCUCCGAGAGUCGCCAGACAAGGAGGGAGGAUAUAAUUACGGAAUCUGACACAGUAACAAUCCUGAGGAGUGCUUCACAAGUAGAGGAGGCAUCCAAUAACAGCUUCACCUCGCCCUAUGACAGUCCAAGCCAACUUCAAUUUCAUGUUGCUAAUGAAACCACAGAUGGAAACGCGGAUGUACCAUGUACAUCUGCCUUAUCAGAAUUUGAGUCUAGCUCGGUGUAUGAUGAUGAAAUCAUUCCGAGAGAGGCUCCAUAUCAUGUUGCUAUUAAAACCACAGAUGGAAACGCGGAUGUACCAUGUACAUCUGCCUUAUCAGAAUUUGAGUCUAGCUCGGUGUAUGAUGAUGAAAUCAUUCCGAGAGAGGCUCCAUAUCAUGUUGCUAUUAAAACCACAGAUGGAAACGCGGAUGUACCAUGUACAUCUGCCUUAUCAGAAUUUGAGUCUAGCUCGGUGUAUGAUGAUGAAAUCAUUCCGAGAGAGGCUCCAUAUCAUGUUGCUAUUAAAACCACAGAUGGAAACGCGGAUGUACCAUGUACAUCUGCCUUAUCAGAAUUUGAGUCUAGCUCGGUGUAUGAUGAUGAAAUCAUUCCGAGAGAGGCUCCAUAUCAUGUUGCUAUUGAAACCAUAGAUGGAAACGCGGAUGUACCGUAUACAUCUGUUAUACCAGAAUUAGAGUCUAGCUCGCCCUAUGACGUUCCAAGCGCAUUUCCAUUUCAUGUUGCUAUUGAAACCAUAGAUGGAAACGCGGAUAUACCGUAUACAUCUGUCUUACUGGUAUCAGCCCCCUUGUCAGAUGCUGUGAGCUCAGUUGAAAGAACCAAUUGGAAUAACCAAAACUCAGAGGACUGCGAUUUUGUUUCUGUGGAUAUUAGGAUUCCAGAGGAAAACGAUUCCUGUAUGAAUCAAUUAAAGGAGCCUAAAAAGAGUAGGAUACCACUGUUCAAAUUGUUUGCACGGCUCAAGAAGAGCAGAAAGACUCUGUUUAAACCGUUUUCAUGGUUCAAGAAGAGCAAAACGACUCUGUUCAAACCGUUUGCAUGGCUAAAGAAACGGGCAGAAAAGAAGGAGUUAAUAGAAAAAGUUGUUUUGGCUGAAAGUGAUGAUCAACAACAACAACUGCUGCUAAAAGAACAACAACAACAACAACAACAACAACAACAACUGCUGCUAAAAGAAGAACAACAACAACAACAACAACAACAACAACAACAACAACAACAACAACAACAACAACAACAACAACAACAACAACAACAACAACAACAACAACAACAACAACAACAACAACAACAACAACAACAACAACAACAACAACAACAACAACAACAACUAUUACAACAACAACAACUAUUACAACAACAACAACUAUUACAACAACAACAACAACAACAACAACAACAACAACAACAACAACAACAACAACAACAACAACAACAACAACAACAACAACAACAACAACAACAACAACAACAACAACAACAACAACAACAACAACAACAACAACAACAACAACAACAACAACAACAACUAUUACAACAACAACUACUAUUACAACAACAACAACUAUUACAACAACAACAACAACUAUUACAACAACAACAACUAUUACAACAACAACUACUAUUACAACAACAACAACUAUUACAACAACAACAACAACUAUUACAACAACAACUACUAUUACAACAACAACUACUAUUACAACAACAACAACUACUACAACAACAACAACAACUACAACAACAACAACAACCGUCGUUACCUCAACCAUUUGAACUAGUGUGA